ACCUAUCACAUCCAACGGCCCAUAUUUCCUCUUACCACUACCUCACCUUGUCCCAUUAGAAAUAAAUAAAUCACCCUGACUUUGAGUGCCACAAACCCGGACACUCACUCACACCCACAUUUUUAGAGAGAGAAACCCCCUCCCCCCAUAGAGCCGAGAGAGAAAGAUGAUGAAGUCUUUUGAUUCUCCUCUUGAAGCUCUGGCCUUCAACUAUGUCAGCUUUGGCUUCUUAACGGUAGUCAAUAACAUAUGGACGUGGAUCGCCGUUAUCACGGCUGCCGUCAGUUUUUGGAGGAUCAAAGCUUCCGGUUCAUCCAUAUCUGACCCACCUUGCCCCAACCCAGAUGUGGGUCCACCCAAGGCGGCGUCACCUCUGCCUCCCACGGCGGCUGAGCCAUCCCCAGCUCCGGCUCCUUUGACUACAAUGACUCCGUGGGUUCGUCACGUGGAGAGUGAUGGAGCGACCAGAGGGAACAAGUUCACGUUGUACUACGAGGAGGAACAAUGUGAACGUGGUGAUGAAGGGGUGACGUUGACCAGAGAGUAUGAUGACGGCAGUGAUGGGGUGGUGAAGGGUGGAGGAGGAGCGUGGUGUGACGACGGUUGGGAGGGAAUGUUGAGGAUGAGAAUGGGGGAUAUGGGGUUGUACCGUUUGCAGGACCUGACGGUGCUUGACGGUAACGUUGUUAGGUUAUGGGAUGGUUGUAGACGGAAACAGUGCCGUCUCUGGUAGUUUUAUGUUUUGUUGGAGCUGGUAGUCUUAAUUAAAUGUAGGAUUUUAAGGUUAUGAAUUGUAUAUAUGAUUGUGUGUAAUCACUGGGGAAAUUAAUGAUAUAUUCAUACCAAGCUAUUUUCUA